GAAGAAUAAAAUACUUUUCUCUUACAUGACCUUAAAGAUUGUAAGAUUAUGUGAGAUUGGGGACAUGCAGUUAUGUUGUGGUUAAUGGUAGAUUUCAAUGAAUGUUCUCAACAUAAAAACAUAAUGAGGGAACACAUAUAUUCUGAUCAAAUUCACUCUUAGCCACAGUAAAUAUUUUUGCGUUGGAUAUAAAUGAGUUACACUUUAAACUUAAAACUUUACCACUCUUCAGAAGUAGAUCACCCCCUGCCCCCAACUCCUGCAAAGAUCGUUUGCUUUGUUAUAGCUGAUCAGGAAAUAGAACCAUAGGUGUACUUUCACAAAGAAACUUGAAUUUUGUACCAGAAAAGGAGAUUCAGUUAACAGUUUUAUUCCUUAAACAUGCUGAGCAAGGAUUUUACUGUAUCAGCUCUUAUCUUUGAGUAACCAACUUCAGGAUGACCCAUGAGCUGGAGAGAGUUUGGGCUUCACAAAGUGUUACCAGUGAAGGUCUACCAGCCUGACCAGUUCGUCCCAAGUGAAGAGAACAUGGAUUUGCUCACAACAUAUAAACAAGAUUACAACCCAUACCCUGUCUGUCGAAUGGACCCCAUCAAGCCUCGGGACAGUAAAUAUCCAUGUGGUGACAAGAUGGAGUGUCUGCCUACUUACAAAGCUGAUUAUUUACCCUGGAACCAACCAAGACGAGAGCUACUUCGUCCGGAACACCAUUACCGACCAGCAUCAACCAGGUUUGAUAGUAGAACUACACACCAGGAUGACUAUUCUGUAAAGGGCCUAGUGAGCACCAUGAGCUGUAAGCCUCUGGCCAUGCCCAAGCUCUGUAACAUCCCCCUGGAGGAUCUGACUAACUACAAGAUGAGCUAUGUGGCCCACCCGAUGGAGAAACGCUUUGCGUAUGAGGCAGCAAAGUUCAGUCCCUGUGAAAUCCCCUUUGAAAGCCUUACCACCCAUAAAGAGUCUUUCCGGGGCCUGAUGGGAGAGCCAGCCAAGAGUCUGAAACCUCCAGCCAGGUCCUGUGGUUUAGAAACGCCUUUCUCUAACACCACUGAGUUUAGAGACAAGUACCAAGCUUGGCCAACGCCCCAGAUGUUCUCCAAAGCUCCUGUCACUUAUGUCCCUCCUGAAGAAAAGAUGGACCUUCUGACAACAGUGCAGGCCCAUUACAUGUACCCUAAGGGUGCCCCAGCUCAGUCCUUCCGGCCAGUGAUCUCAGUCAAGAAGGGUGGCCGCUUUGAAAGCUCCACUACCACCAAGGACGACUAUAAGCAGUGGCCGGGGACGCGCAUGGAGCCAGCCAAACCCAUUCCCCAGCUGAACAUUCCCACUGAGCCCUUGGACUGUCUGACUACCACUCGGGCUCACUAUGUGCCCCACCCACCCAUCAAUACCAAAAGCUGUAAGCCUCCUUGGGCUGGCUCCCGAGGAAAUAUCCCUGUGGAGGGCCAGACCACAUACACCAUCAGCUUUACUCCCAAGGACAUGGGCAGGUGCCUGGCUUCAUACCCUGAGCCUCCUGGCUACAUUUUUGAGGAAACGGAUGCUUUGGGGCACAAGAUAUACAGGCCGGUCUCCCAGACAGGCUCUCAGCAGGGCAGCCGUCUUUCUGUAGGUGAUUCGGAAAACCCCAACCAGCGAGAGUUGGCAGUGUCAGCCUGAUUUUUUAAAAACUGUUACUUAGAAAUUGCACAAUACUUUUAAAAGCAGAUGAUUGAGAGUUAUUUGUUGGCCGAAAAAGAAUUCCCCAAAGUGGAAAAAAAAAAAAGUCUUCAGCAUCAUUUCCAGGACACUUGAAUAAAAUGAGAAUCGCUUGAC